AUGGAAAGUUACGAGGACGACGACGACACUCAUUUCUGCAUCAAAUGUCACCUGACGGUACACGGCCUCGAGAAUUACGUGCGACACCGCCAAUCCGGAUGUCGGCCACCGGACGACAAGAACGUGUCCGUACGGGUGUCACCGACGACACCCACUACCGUCACCUAUCCCGAAAUACUGAACGCGGACGCGUUCUUCAGCUCGCUGGAGCUGCAGAGCAGUUCAAAGUCGAAUCCUCGAAGGGCGAACGCUUUGCUGGAGGAGAGUCGAAAGUUGAAGAAGGAGGAGAAAAGGAAGAAGAGUCAGAAAGCGCAGGUGGACGCGGAAGAGUCGACGGUAAAGGAGAAGCUGCACAGCAUGCUGCCCGGUGUUUCGGAACUGGACGAUCCAACGGAGCAUCUCUGCAUGCCAUCGCUGGUUGGCUUUCCCGAUAUCGUUUCUUCCACGGCCAAUAAGCCUGCUACGGUUACCGGCAGUCGGAACAAAUUAAGCCAAUCGAUGGCUCAUGUGACGGCGAGUAUCGAGAGCAGCUCGUUCUCGGCGAAGCACGAACCGGAAAAUUCUUUGGAGAGUCUGAUGACGUCCCACGUUGAAUCGAAACAGACGGAUAGAAAGAGGCAGGAGGAGACGCAGAGGAUCGAGCAGGUUCAUCAAACGUGGCUCGAGGACACGAUACUCGCCGAGCUGGUGGCGAACAACGAGAACAAGGACUUAACCAGAUACGAGUUCGAAUACCAACAGGACGAGGACUCGGAGGAGGAUACAUUGGAGGAAGAUUUGGGGGAGGACGACUCUUACUCCGAGUCCGACGACGGGGAGGAUCGAGAACGUCCACCGCACGGUCACACCGGUGGCAAAUGGAAACCCGGAUUGGACGAUCUCCCUCAAAAUAUGUCUCAACUUCAGGACGACGACGUCGAACCCGAAGACGAACAUCAAGAGCAUCCGCCACCGACUUAUACCGGUGGCAAAUGGCGACCCUCCGAACCCUCCCAGAAGCUGGAGGAGUACGAGGCGAAAAGCAACGUCGGCGGACAGCCACCGCCAGGACACACACGUGGGAAAUGGGUACCGGGCUCGCAAACGGAUGUCGAAUCGGGAUAUUGGUGUAGUCCUUGUGGCAGGAAACUUGCAUCUCGAUUGGUCUACAACAGGCAUCUUCUGUCUGAUCUGCACGCCAGAAGAAGCACCCGAGAGAUCGAGGGCGUUCUUUGUUUGCCGCGUGCCGCGAAUUUGCACUCGGGGAAAAAGUUGUCGACUCGCAAUCAGAGAAGGAAAGAUGCGGCGGAAACGAAGGAGGCUAAGAAAAGUUCACGCAAACGGGAGAAGGAGAUAUUUUGCUGCGAGAUGUGCCACGCUCGAGUGAGAAGGGCACAAAUGGGCAAGCAUUUGCUCUCUCAUUAUCACUGCCGCGUCGCGGGCGUAUAUCCUCGUGGGCCACGGGCGCGUCGGUUUUUACUGGAAAAUAUGGCGAAUGUGGUACGGCAGUGUCCCUUUCAGUGCUCCUCUUGCCGCUUUUAUUGCAACACGGAGGAAACGUUUCUGCAUCAUUGGCGCUCCGAGCUUCACGCGAAAACGCUCGAGCAGAACGCAGGCAGCUAUAAAUGCACACCCUGCGACUUUUGGUGCGAGAACAACGAGACGAUGGGCUCUCACCUGCUGAGCACCAGUCAUCGCGAGGUCGUUUCGAUGAUGAACGGUUCCGUACCGAUCGUGAUCGGUCGUCAACGAGCUUUACCCUGCGACAGCUGCGAUCGACGAUUUCGAUAUAAUUUACAGCUUCGGUUACACGUGAAGGAAACCGGCCACGCGGAGAGUGUGACAGCGACGGACGCGUAUCAGCAACGAAUCAAAUGUAAUUUGUGCCCGCAAAUGGUCAGAUCGUUGGUGGCCCUUCAGCGUCAUCAGUUGACUUGUCACGCUGCGAACAACGAGGAAAGGAACGACGAGAUAAACGUGUCGUCUCAGCCGGCCCCCUACUUCUGUUCGUUUUGUUCGAUGAACUUUUCGACGGCCCAGGAGGCGGUGCUACAUCGGCGUACCUCGAGCCACAAGGAAAUCGUGAGGGCUCGUAAGUGUAACGAGAACUCGUCGACAACAAUGGCUCGCGAGUGUCCGCAUUGCGAGAAAAAACAGAGGAAUUUGUCGGAGCACAAGAAACAUCUGCUCGACAGGCAUCCAGAGGUUUGCCAUAGAUGCCCCAAGUGUGGAAUAGUUUUUGCCCUGUCGCAAGACGUGACGAGGCAUACGAGGGAGAAUAAGUGUCGGGGUGAGGGGGGCGGAGAGGAGGAUAACAGCAAGUCGAACGACGCGGAGGCAACGGUGAAAGACGAAUGGAAAUGUACUAGGUGUAGUUUCGCUUCGGACUCCCAGGCGGAAUGUAUGUUUCACGAGGCUCUUCACGCCGGGAGCGUGGCGCAGAACGACGAGGACGGUACGAAUUGCGGCAAAUCGUUGCCGAAGUACGGCUGUCCGGUAUGUAAGAAGGCGUUCACGAAGGUCUCGUUGCGGAAUCAUAUCAGAAGUCACACCGGAGAACGUCCGUUUCCGUGUGCCAAGUGUCUGGCGUCGUUUUCGAGGAGAUCGGACUUAAGCGGGCAUCAAAAGGAGUGCAGGGGAUCGGCGUCGACGGGAUGGCCGGAGGAAUCUGGACGGAAACGCAGCUUCGCCUGUUCCGAGUGCAGCAACGCUUUCUACACAAAGCACGCUCUGCGACAGCACAUGCUGCGGCACGCCGGGAAAAAGUACAAGUGCGGACUUCCGGGCUGCCCGACGGUGCUCCGUACAGCCUCUGAAUUGAGAUCGCACAGAAGCUUGGUGCACGACAGCACGCCGUCCGACAGACGAUACAAGUGCUCCGAUUGCUUUUACGCGGCCAAAACCAAGACGCAGCUACGCAGGCAUCGCGCUCGACACGACGACCCGGGAGGUGUGACGAGAGCUGCCACGGAUCUACGCACAUGCCCAUACGCCGGUUGCGCUUUUAAGACGAAACUCGCCUCUCAUUUGCAGCGGCACGUGCGUCUCCAUACGGGCACCAAGCCGUACAAGUGUCGUCAUUGCGCUUACGCGAGCAACAACUUGGAGAACCUGAGGAAACACGUGCUCUCGACAAACCUGCACCCAGGCAAGACGAUCUACGAAUGCGACGUUUGCCAAGGAGAGAACGUGGAACCGUUUCGUACCAACUUUGCUAAAGAGCUUCGGGCGCAUCUCUUGGAGACUCACAACGAGGCUUUUCCGACGCCUGGCCACGCCAACGACUACGUCUUUGGGAUUUUCGAGGACCGUCGUUCGGACUCUGCGGCGGCUUUCGUCGACGAGCCGAGUCAACCGAAUCGAGACGUUGCCUCGUAA